AUGGUUUUCUCAAGCUCUGGUCGGAAUAUGUUCCCGCUUCUUCCCCCCUACGGCGUCCAUGAUCCCAAUGGUGUCCAGGGUCGGGUCAUUCCGCUGCACCCCGAUGGCUCUACGCCGUACCUGGGUCUGCGGGCGCGUCUGUCCCAAGUGUGGCUUAACCGCUGGACCGUGUUGCUGCUCUUGGUCCUGGCCCGGGUGCUGAUGGCUGUCACAACCAUCAAGACAGACAUGGGUCGCGCUAAAAGCGAGGCCCUCUCGGCAUGUACAAGCGUGGAAUCCAUGGGCGAUGCGAUGGUCUCCAUGCCCCAUUACCUGGCGGAAGGGGUCAACGACCUCACCGGAGACAUGGUCGAUGCGGCCGUCGAUGGCCUCCAGAUGAUGCUGAUGCUCACCUUGACGGGCGUGGAAGAGUUGAUCAUCUUCUUCAUCAAAGUGAUGUACCAGACUUAUCUGUGCCUGUUCACGCUCGCCGUGCAGGGCGCCGUUGAGAUUGGAGUCACCUUGAUCGAAGAUGCCGCCGAUUUUCUGAACUCCACGGUCAAAACCGUGGGGAAAGACAUCGCUAAAACUGUCGAUGUAUUCGAGGAUGCCCUCAAUGACUUUAUCAAACUCGUGAAUGUGGCCGCCAGUCUGGCCGGGUCGAGCGUGCCGUCACUGAAUCUCACCAGCGAGAUCGACAAGCUGGAAGAUGUACACCUACCGUCGUCGAUCGACGAAGGUCUGGAUAAGCUCAACAACUCCAUUCCCUCUUUUACCGAAGUCAUGAACUUUACUGAAAACGUGAUCCGGUUUCCCUUCGAGGAAGUCAAGAAACUCGUCAACGAGUCCCUGGGGGACUAUACAUUCAACACCUCCGCACUUCCAGUUCCCGCGAAGAGGAAGCUGAGCUUCUGCGAUGACAACAACGGGAUCAACUCAUUCUUCGCCGGGGUCACGGAUCUGAUCCUGACAGCCCGCAAGAUCUUCAUCGCCGUGCUCAUCGUCGCUGCGAUUCUCGCCUGUGUCCCCAUGGCCUGGCAAGAGAUCCGACGCUGGCAUACCAUGAAAGAGCGCUCUCAACUGGUCCGCAAGGAAGCGCACGAUCCCAUGGACGUCGUCUACAUCGUCUCCAGACCCCACACCGCAGCCAUGGGGAUCAAGACCGCCAGCCGAUUCAGCAACAGCCGCCGACAGACCCUCGUGCGCUGGGUGAUCGCCUAUGCCACCUCCCCAGCGGCCCUAUUCGUCCUCUGUCUCGCCCUGGCCGGCCUCCUCUCCUGUCUCUGCCAAUACAUCCUCCUCAGCGCCAUCAAGAAAACCGUCCCCGAACUCGCCACCGAGGUGGGCGAAUUCGCCGACGAAGUCGUCGGCGUGCUCCAGAACGUCUCCGCGGAAUGGGCCAACGACGCCAACAAAGUGAUCCAGCACGCCGACGACGAAAUCAACGACCACGUCUUCGGCUGGGUCAACACCAGCACGACCGCCCUAAACGACACGCUCAACACCUUCGUCGACAAAACCAUCGACGUCCUCAACGACACCUUCGGCGGGACCCUCCUCUACGAACCCCUCCUCGACGUCUUCGACUGCCUGAUCGGCCUCAAAGUCGAAAGCGUCCAAAAAGCCCUCACCUGGGUCUCCGACCACGCGCACGUCGACUUCCCCCUCCUCCCCAACGACACCUUCUCCGCCGGCGCCACCACCAGCCUCAACAGCUCCAACUCCUCCGACAGCUUCCUCACCGAAGCCGGCUCCAAAACCUCCAACGAAAUCACCGAGGUCGUCGACAAAGUCAUCAACACCCUCACCAGCGCCAUCCGCACCGAAACCAUCAUCGCUGCCUGCAUCCUCCUCGUCUGGGUCCUCAACGCCCUCCUCGGCCUCCUCCGCGCCCUCACCCUCUUCUGGACCCGCGACAAAACCCGCGGCGAGGGCGGCCCCGCACCUCUCCACUCCCGGCCCAAACCGGGCUCUGCCGGGGGCCGCCCAGCAGACCCAAACGGCUUCAUCGACGUGCCGUUGACCAGCCUACCCAGGAAUCAUCAUCCCGCUGCGAUGGAUGCGCCAGAUGACACCGAUGCCGCGCGCUCACAACCCGCGCCCCGGUACGAGGUAGCCACCAGCCAGGGAAGCUCCGGCAGCUCGGGGAUGGUGGUGCCCCACGACUGGGAGUAUCCGGCCGAGAAGGUCGGGUUCGCGGGGCAGCGCAAUGCGUUGCAGGUAGACGGGGUGUCGGAUUUACGGGGGAGUAGUUAUGUGGAAUAUGGGAUGGAGAAAAACUGA